AUGCUUGCUUUAGGCUUCAGCAAGGAGAUAGCUCAGUUCAUUUCAGGACCGCGGAAAAAGGGAAAUCCUUUAAGUUAAGUUUUUUGCGUCGUUAGAAAAUCGGAAACCGACUUGAAGUUUAAUAGUUUGCUUCAAUAAUUUUAAUUUUACUACCCGUUUUGAAUCGGAAGACUGGCUUUCGUAAAUUGUUGCACGCUUAUGCUUCGAGACAAUCCCCGUACAAGUUUCUGUUGUAAAUCUCAAACAAAGUGAGAAUAUUUCUAGGACAAAUGAAGCGAGGGAUGACGAAAUCAUGGAUGUGGGUUCACGCGAAUCGAAAUACCAACGCAAUUUUUUUGAAGGUAGGGUUGGUUUUUGACUUGCUUCCUCGAAAAUGUUGGAAAAUACGACAGAUGUUUUUCUUCUACAGACGCGGACUGAAAUUUAGCAGGAUUUAAUGAAGCCUGUUUUGAAUUUUAAUAUCAUUUGAGCAAUCAUUUUCUGUUUUCCUUUCCUUCGAAAUUCAGUUUUCAGGCUAAAACUCCUCCUGUUAUUCUUGACGUCUGAGCGAGAAAUUGUGAGGUCUCGCGACAAAAACGGAAACCUAGUGGAGACUUGUUUUGAGGUAAUACACUUAUUUUAUAACUUUAAUAGUAUACAUUUAUUAUCGGUGAGCAUUGAACUUUUUUUUGAAUAUUCAUGAAAUAUUUUUUCUCCGAAUAAGAAAACCAUUUUCAGUUUUCUCUUUAUGAAAAUCUGCUUUAAAUAAAAAAAUCUAAAUAAAGAGUACUCAUAAUAGGCACCUGCGAAAACUUCUAAGUUUGAACAUAUGAACUUUCAAAGUUUACGUUUAGCAUAUGAAUGUAAUACCACGCAACUUCAAUAUUUUAUACCUUUGAAACUAGAAUGUUCCGUAUUCAGUGACGACGAAAAAACUCUAUUAAGGAAUUUUGAAACUUCAGUGAAAUCUACCCAAAUUACCACCCUUUUGAAGUUGUUUCUCUACUUUGAAACAUGCCGUUAAGUUGCAAAUAUUCUGCACCUUCUUUUUAGUUUUUGAACCUAGAAUCGGCGAUGUUUAUACGGUAGCUACGCACAUUCCAAUAGGCGCCUUCAAACCCGCGAUUUUCUUUAUUUAUUCGCCGACUGAAGCUCGGAAAUUGAAGGGGAAGACGGCUGCGUGACGCCGGAGGAAGUCGGCGAAGACGUGAACCACGUCUUCCGUCGCAGCUCCCACCGCGAAGAGCACGGCUUCUGGUUUUCUCGUUCAGGAUCUUCGGCCUCGAAGAACUUCUGGCUGAGAGGACCUCUUCUACUUGAUUUUCAUGUUCGUUUUCUUUGAUACCAAUGAACUCACUUUGGAAGGCCAAUUUCAUGUCGUCAGAAAAAUUUGAUGAGAACGGGCAAUUUCGGAAAUGAAGUGGAAGCGAAAAUGUUCAAAAAUAACUUUUCAAAGGGAAAAAAAUGCGGGCGUUAAAAGCGACCCGAAAGGACAAAAAAUGUCACGUUGAAUAUUCUUUUGAAUGAUGAUGAGUGCCCUAAAAUCGAUAAAAACUGUUCAUACACUUCUAACUCAUGUUUUUUUUUGUAUGAAAGUUUGGAACACUUGUCGCGCCUCCUCAUUCGUUGACAAACGUAGUAAGAAAAAGGUGAAAAAAGCUUGAUUCUAUCAAGAUUGCUAGAAAUUGCUUCGCCGGAAGAAACAAGGCACUUAUCGCCUUAUUGCAAUUCACGCUGAAAUUGAAAAUUAUCAUAAUUUUUUUAGGCUUGACCGUAUAUAUUUUUCUUUCAUACCACAAAGUUUCUUUCAAGCAUUUAAUUUUUGUCCUCUCUUGUAGCUUAAGAUGUUUGCGUGCUUUGAAGCCGUUCACGCAAUUAAUUAACUCCUUGGCCUCUUGUAUUUUUGAUCUUUUGAAUGGUUAAUUAGACAUUGCUUGUGCUUUAUGAGGUCUUGCAGAAACUCGGAAAAUAGCUUUUUUUAUGAGCAUUUUUAGUUUUAUUUGGUUGCCCGAAAGCAUCAAAUAUCUCCGCGGAGGCAUUGUCACAUGCGUUUCUAAAAAAAGGUCUUGAUAAUAUAAAGCGGUUUCUAUAUAAUAAACUACGAGAAGUUCACUGUUUUUUUUUUGCUUUUUUUUUGACUUUAUUUCCAAUGAAUUCGUGAAAAAGAGGCAUUCAGUAAAUUUUUGACGGUAUUUUUCAUGUUUUUGCAUUGUUUUUUUACUGUAUCAGAUUCCAAGUUCUCUUGAAACGCGCUUAGUUUCACCAUUGCGAGCAGAUAUCAGGCUUCAUUCAUUUAUUUCUUGAAUCGUUAUAUAGUAUUUUAAAUUAUGACUUUUAAAGUUUGAAAACCCUUCAAAUUUGAAUUUUUUGAACCUCGACCCAAUGAGAAAAAAAUGAUAUUCUGCCAUUCAAGUCAAGAACUUUCAAACUUUCCUCGAUAAGAACUUCUCGAUCUCCACAUCAGACAUUUUUUUGUUCAUCCAACUUAUGAUUGGCAUUAGACCUUUUUAACUAGUCUUUAUGAACGCUAAUUGAUCGCAGGUGGUCCAAAAAAGGAGAUCAUAAAGCCGAUAAUAUUUCAAAUGUUUUUCCGAAGUAUCAAGCACAGCAAAUUUCUGUUUCGCGCGAAAACGUUUUCACUCUGCUGAAAAAAAUGCUUAUUCACUUUUAACCAAAAAAAAAAGAAUUUAGUUAUAGUCCGUUUAUCGCCUACAUGCAUUAACUUUAUGUGAGUAAAGUUAAUUUUUUCCUUAUUCUGCUUCUUUUCAGAAAUAAUCGCAAGUUUUUUUUAAUAAUAAAAAUGAAACGUGAAAAAAAUAGCGGACUCAAAAAUCGAAAAGAGAAAACGAAUUUAUUCCUAGUGCAACUUUUGAAUGUUUUUUUCCGUAGAUUAGUGAGAAAACUUCAUAUUUGGAAUGUUAUGACCGCUCUUUGGCGUUUUAUAAAUUUAUUUUUUUGGCUUGAUAUGUAAUUUUUUUGUUUUUGUUUAAAAAUAACUGAUGUUGAUUUUCUUUGAUACAUCAGUAUAGAUGUCUAUUUUUCCGAUUUAUUGUUCUUCCGUGUGUCCAUUUUCAGUUUAUUAUUGGAUUAAUGAAGCAUUAGUGUUAUAUUUUCGAAGGAUGAACUUUUAGUCUUUUUUUAAACAAGAAGAGAAUAGAUCUUCAUUUUUUCCCUCUGCUAAAUCUUUUGAUUGAAGGUAGAGAUGAAUAUAUUUACGAUGAAAAAACCUCUUAUUUGUUCGAAAAACUUUUUUUGAGAUCUUGAAAUAUUGGCAUUUUCAGUAUUCAGCUUCUAAUCGGAAUUUAUUCGAAAAAAAGCAGUUUUAAAAAAAGAAAGGUCUCCGAAUUACUUCCUGUUUUUUUCAAAAAAACUUUCUAGAGAACUUCAACCUUUGGCCUCAUUUUUUUCUCCAGUAUCUCAUUCAUAUAUUUUCAAUUGAGCAAAAAAAGAUCUGUGAGAGAAAUCAACAUAUAAUCUUGUAAUGCGUCCCAUUUUGGAUAAAUGUGACGACCUUCCCGCAAUUUUUUCCGUGUGUCCAAACUCUACAAUUGGACAUUCCUCCUCUCUGCGAGUUGUACGAGUUCACACUUUUUUUUGGCUUGAGAAAAACAUAAAUUCCCUACUUUUAAUCUCUUGUAAUUUCGAGGUUCUUCGCAUCAGUUGCCUGGGUGACAUACAUUAUUCUUGUUUUUGAACACUGUUCUGAUGCACUCGUUGAGUAAGAAAUAUGAAAUAGCGUGUGAAAGGUGUGAGGUGCAGACUGUCGGUGACGUAUUUGGUUAGCCAAACCAAAAAUAUACUAUAUUCAGACAAACUUGAAAGUUUGGACUCAAGUUUUUUCUCGUUUCAAUGGUCUGAAAGCUUUUUUCUCAGCCAACAGACUUUAUUGAGGCAUACAUCAACCUUUUUCCCACUCAAAUGGCAUUUGAGUCUAUUUUUCUGGUAACCCAUUGAAUUUUCCCACAUGGGUAACUCUUUUGUACUUUAAUAAAUUUUGGGUUGUAGUGAAGUCAAAAGGCUCAAAAAAGCCCAAAAGAAUGUUGAUUUUUGUCUGAAAGCUUCCAUAAGCGGAAUUUUUUUAAAGAAAGAGGCAGGUAAUUUUUGAACUUUUGAGCUUGGGAGGUUUCUUUGACUUUUUUUCUUACUAAUUCUUCAUUUUUUUCACGAUCGGAUCACUAAAAUAAUUUGACAGUUAUAUUUUUUUUCGAAGAUUGUCAAAUUCUGAAAAGAUAUUCUUAUUAUUCAUCCCGCAUUUUUUUAAAAUUUUCAACCUAAAAUAAAUCAGAGCUCUUGGUAGUCUUAUAAGCCGAAUUUUUCAAGUAUUCACCUUGAAGAAAGGAAGGAAAUGAAUCGAACAACGCUUUUCUGAUAAAAACCGCAAACGCCAAACAAAUUUCGGCCGUUUGUGUGGCACCAGGAACAAUCGUGUCGAACGGCAAUAGAAAAUUGAGUUCUUACGGGUUAUUAGCCGCCGUGUGCCUUUAUUCGUUCUGAGAAAUGUAACGUUCACAUGCAAAUUGCUUUAGUUUUAGCGUAUGGAAUCAUUGUCGAACUGCUCGAUGGCCUGGCAGCAGUUUUUGAACUUCUACACGUUCGCCGUCAUGUUCCCGACGUUCCUCGUCUACACGGCCCUCGCGGUGUUGCUCUUCCGCCACGCCGACUCAUUUCAUCCGCUUUUCACGUUCGUUUCUUUCUUUAAAUCGUUUGUUAACUCACUUUAAAGUCUAAAUCAGGUCUUCUUAUCCUGAUUAACGUCAGUUUUUCAAGAGUUGGAGUUGAAAAAGUUUUUUUGAAAAAUCAACUUUUCAUAUCUAUGAAGUUUGAUCUCGCUUUUUUUGCUGCUAAUGUUAUAUGACAUCGCGGAAAUGACAUUUUGGCCAGGAAAAUCAAGACCGAAAAUUGCUGGGUUAAAAACCACACAAUCUUCGAUGGACUGUGAAGCGAACCCACAUAUUCGCUUUUUGCAAAAACCUUUAAUUUUAAAGAUAUGAAAUUUUGAAGUUCCGGAAUAGACUUGGUUCUGUCAUGAACGCGAAAUUUAAAGAAUUUUACCUCUAAAACGGAAAGUUUGCGCAGAUAGGGACUAUGUCAAUUCGGUUUCCAGUCCAUUGAAGAGAAAGAUUGAAAUUAAGAUGUUUUUAAUUUUAAAAAAAUAUUGGCAAACCUGAGAUUCAAGAUAGUAAAACAGCUUUCAAGGGACCCUCUUUUUUCCGCUACCCCAUGGCGCUAGCGUAUAAGCAUUUUUGUUUUCGAGUACUCAUACCAACCAAUUCCUCCCCACAGAAAGUUUGAGCCAGAUCUGCUUUGUCCAACUCAGACACAUCCCUAGUAAGCAGAUUUUUCAGAACUUCAUUCGUUUCGUUGGUGACAGCUUAUGCUCUCUGUAACGCUUUGGUCGCCCUCCGGUCAUUUUUGGACCUAAUCAGCGUGGACAACCAUUGGUGUGUCAUCGUCGACACCGUCUAUCUAUGGGCCUACAUGUAUAUUCAACCAAUCGGUGAGGGUAUAAAGGUUAAGGAUCAUAAUGAUCUGUAUCAAACUACAUAGUUUUGGUGUAAUCGUUUCUAGCAUUCUAGUUUGUGGAAAAGCGGUGCCUAUCAGCUUGAAACAGGAAAAUUAGAACGCCAAAGGGUAUUUUACUUCUAACAAUUUUCUCGGGUUUACUAUUUUUAUAUAGUUUUUUUUGCAGACCAAAAAUCUUGGUUAGACAUUGAAUUGAAAUUUUAGUUCUCUUCGUUUUUAAUUUUUAUUUCUUUAGCACUGAUCGGCCUUCUGGAAAGGCUAACAGCCACGAUUUUCGUUGACCGGUACGAAAAAUCGCGUCUUUGGGCGGUCCUCCUAGCCGCUUUUUUGAUUGGGGUGAGAAAAAAUCAUAAAACAGAUUAAAAAUGUAAUUUCAAGAUUGUGCUGGUUUGGUACGAAGCUAGUUUCAUGGACACGAAAUACGCGGAAGUCGUCAAAACGAUACAGCUGGUUUUUUCGAUUUGCAUUUGCCUGGUGAGAUUUUCCGGGAAGCUUUGAAGUUUUCAAAAGGUCGAAAAUGACAGAAAAGAAGAGUGAAAAUUUCGGAUCAAUGAAAAAAGAAACUACGGAGCUGCAAUAUGACAGUUUUGGAAAAUUGUUUUCUUGUGUUUUUGGAACUUCUGAGAUCUUUCAAGAUCAUUUCAGUGCGGCCUAUGUCUUUUUCGGAAGUUUGAUACUUUUACAAUUGUGCAUGUACGAAUAUAGGGCCGAUAACUGCUAAUAUAUCCAAGUUUAAAGCGAAUGAACUGCGACUGAUCCGAUUACCCUGCUUUUUUCAGUGUUUGAUGUGUUUGCUGUGGGUGAACCGCCGGCUGACAUUGGCCUCACGGGCUCGUUCCACGCUAACGACCCGAUAUCAACUUGCAGAAAAUGUCAAGGCUUUGAGGUCUCAUAUACUGCUCUUUAUCGUCUAAUUCACUUGCGCAAGGAGCAUUCAAACAGAAAUUUACUCUUAAUUCAGUGACUUUCGAUCGGUAACGCCGUAAUUCGCAUUAUCUGUGAAACAAAAUUUCCAGAGAAAGACUCAAAAAUGACGUUUUCAAACUUUUGAAGUGAUCUUUAUCCGACUUUCAAUGGCUUGUUAUCGUCUAUCGUCAAAAACGAAAAUUACUUCAAAUUAGUCUGAAAAAUAUAUUCUGAGUUUUUACUCACUUUGGACACGCAACCUAUUAUCCUCGAAUAAUUUUUUAUUGGCGUGAUUUCGGAGUCUUUCCGUUGUGGUACAUUGACUUCGAGGCUGACCUCAAAAAGUUAACUAACAAAAGUUUUGUCAUAAAAUAUUGAAUUAAAAUUCGUUUUCAAACCGAAAAGUGGACAAUGAAGCCGUUUAGUCAGGUUUUUUUAUCAGUUGAUAUUGAGACAACCUAUCUUAAUUUAAUAUAUAGUAUAAAUUAAAUAAGUGAUUAAAAAUAAUUUAUGUGAAAAAGAGAAAUUUUUUUAAGCAUAAAAAAAUACCCAUACCUUAAUAAUCAAAAAAAUAUUAUAAUGCUUCGUGUGCAAUGGAGCGGGAAAGAACUUUUCUAAUUGAUAAAAUUAAUUCAUUCCAAGGCUUAUCUUUUAAAAUUAAUCCGCAUCAAUAGAUUCCUUGAAAUAAAUGCUAGACCAAUAAACCAAGUUUUUGAUUAACUCUGACAAGGAAGCUCAUUUUGAUUUGUUUCCGGGAAUUUCUUGAAAGCCGUCAGAGUACUCCUUGAUGUACCUUAAGAAGAAACUGGGAGUUUCAACCUGCAAAACUUUUAGCUUUUGAGAAUCAGAGGCUCAAUGAUCAAAAAUCGCCUUUUUAAGUAACUUUUAGGAUUUUUCGUCGAACUUAAGGUAUCCUAUUUCAAAAACUAGGAAUUCGUGCCGGUGGAGAUUUUAGGAUCUUUACCUGGUACAUCAAGGAGUAUUCCGACCAAUUUUCAGGUAACUCCCGACCCCAACCACAAAUUGAAAUGACAAAAAAAUUCUAGAAAUUUCGAUAGCUAUCAAUCCGAACUCAUUAUUCCAGAAUAUUUGUCCCCUUCAUCGUCGUCGACAACUGUCUCUCCUUGAUGUUCGUCUUCUCGGCGGCGGUCUUCGACGUCGACGUCACUUUCGACGACUAUCAGUGCGAGACGAAUCGCGCCUAUCUCCCGCUUUUCAUCCUUUUCCGAACGGUUCAGCCAAACUUCUUCUCCAUAGCUUUAUCUUGUGCCUUCUGAAGAUUCUCAACGUCGCCCAGCUUUCGAUGCCGAUUCUCGUCGUCCGACAACACCCGUCCAUGUGGGGCCGUUUCCGACAGCGUUGGCGCACGUCCAUUUCUCAUUUCGAGCCCGCGACUAAUGUCAUAAAGGUUAGGUGGUACUUUCGCGAGUUUCCUGCCAAAAUGCGCUCAUUGCGCCGGGACCAGAAAAAGUCUACUUGGACUUUUGGUUUGCGGGAAAAAAAAAUUAGUUCUGAAUUAGGGAUAUUUUCUGAUAAUCGAGAAAAAACAAAGUUUGUCUCUCUUGAAGAAUGGAAGCGAUUGAUGUGUUUGAUGAAAAAACUUGAGCUGGGUUAUGACAAAAAUAGAAAAACUGAAUUCGUAAACUGAAUAGAAUCAGUUUUUAAAGUUUUUUUGCGAUAGAGCGGACUUGAUCUGUUCAAUUUUCCGUUUUUAGAAAACUUUAUCUUUUUUUAAAGAGUUUUGAGUCUCAAGUGAGAAAAAAAUUUUUUUUUUGGGGAAAUUUGACAAGGUAUCGAACAAAAAAUUGAGAAACCCUUCAAAAAAUAACCAACAACUAUGACUGGCCAACAAAAAACAACACUUUUUUUCAGAUCAGAAACGUUCUGGGAAUGGACGUGGUUGGACUGAAUGAAGACCACUUUGCUCAGCUUCAACAGCAAUGGCUGAAAAAGUUUUAG